AGUUUGCCGUCAAGUGCUGCAGAUUGUCGCAGCCCCCACUUCAGCGGCAGAGGUCACAACAAUUCGUCCAGGUUUCCUCCCACAAUUAUGAAAUCAUUUCGUUGCAGCUUAUAUAUAUAUUUUUUUACAAGAUGUCCCAUUGUUUGUGGACAAAGUUUAUAUCAAACUCAGCAUGUUAUGCUUUUGAUACUACUUUGUUUGGGUCAGCAGCACUGUGUUUAUAAAUGUCUGUCUCUUUGCUUUCUAUCUGCCUGCAGCAACGAGGCGUGGAGGUAUGCAGGCGGCUUCGCCCGUGCGGUGACCCUAUCGGAUGUUCUGCUCAGAGGUUUUAAGUGGGGCUUUGCUGCCUUUACUGUUGCCCUGGCAAUAGAGUACACCAUGUUUCCUCCAAAGAAAGGAGAUCACUGAUUGUUCGGCAUCAUGUGUAAUUUGAUCUUAUGAUAUUCUGUAUUUUUUUGGUUUGAUUAAAUGUCUUUUGAU